AUGAAGUGUGUUAGUGUUGACUUGACUAUCAACUGUAAGCAAUUUGCGGCUCAAGAUAAAGAACACAGACAGAAUGAACAAGAGAAAUGUACCGAAAAGCACAAUGCCUGAUCGCCGACGUCAGCGCCAUCAGAGGACGCGGCAAGAUGCUGGUGUCCGUGAUGACCCUGUCGGAGCUAGUAACAGAGAUGAGGUGAGGCCAAAAGCACCUCCUCCUGAGAUGACUAGACCUGAGAGACAAGGAGGUAGUGGAGUAAGUUAUGCUGAACCCAAGGAGUAUGAAGCAGUGACCAUCAUGCCUGAUAAGGAAGCUCCAUCCGAACCUCAGAAGUACCGUCGCCGAGAAGUGAUAAGUAACUGGUCAAGAUAUGAAGAGUUGCCCCCAGAUGAUGAACCUGAAGAUGGGGAAGAUUAUAUGAUUGGGGAAGACUUCUCCAAGAUUCUUGAACAGCAAGCAAACUCAGCUGAUGGAGGGUUCUUCAAGAUGAAAGGAGAAAAAAUGUGGGAUGACACAGAGAUUAGCAUUCUUACUUCUCAUGGUCUUGGAGCAUUGAAUGUGGCUGAUCUUGUGGCUGCUUUUAAUACCAUACCACUACAUGUGCAACUUAACAUCCCAGAGGAAGCACUACCUAAACGUGUGGUUAAACAUUAUGUAAAUCUUGCAGAAGACCAUCUGAAGUUGUAUAAACCUAGCAGUGGUUAUGCAGACUGCAUGGAUAUUAAUGAAAAGAUUCUCCAGAGCCUGAAAAUCAGUGAGGAUGAGCCCCUUACACUUGUGAAUGAUGAAGCAGCUGAUGAUAGACAGGGCUGCAAGAAUGCAGUGGAUGUGGCAUUGACAUUGAGUAGUGAAUUUGCUCCAGAGCCUGAUGAUGUUGAUCUAGAUACGCUAAUUAGAGAGCCAAGUCCAGAGAAACGGCCAAGUCCAGUCAAAGAAAUGAAGAGGAGGGUCAAAGAAACUACCCCAGUGAAAGAAUUUAGUCCUGCUAAGGAGUAUAGUCCAAUGAGAGACUUUAAACCUGUGAAAGAUGUUAGCCCAAUAAAAGACUUUAGCCCCGUUAAAGAAUUUAGUCCAAUUAGAGAUAUUAGUCCUGUUAAAGAAGUUAGUCCAUUUAGAGAAAUUAGUCCACUAAAAGAACCGAGUCCAUUUAAAGAAACUAGUCCGUUUAAAGAAAUUAGCCCACUUAAGGAUAUUAAUCCAAUUCAGGAUGCUAGUUUUAUGAAAGAAGUUAGCCCUCUUAAAGAAAUUAGUCCCAUGAGAGAGAUUCCUCAAGUGAGCAAUGAAACUAACCCCGUGACUGAAGAACCUAAAGUGGAGGAUAUGCCUAAGGUAGAGACCGAAGUCACUCAUGCUCCAAAGGAGAGGAGAAGAGGCAGAAGAGAAGCAAAUACCUCAGCACAAAACAAGAAAUCUGAAAAUGAGAAGCCAAAAGAAUUUGUAAGAGAUAAAAGUCCUAAAGAAAAGGUGAAGGAGAAGAGUCCCAGAGAGAAGAGAAAGGAAAAGGGCCCCAAGGAACAGGUGAAGGAGAAGAGCCCAAGGGAACAGGUGAAGGAGAAGAGCCCAAGGGAACAGGUGAAGGAGAAGAGCCCAAGGGAACAGGUGAAGGAGAAGAGCCCAUGGGAACAGGUGAAGGAGAAGAGUCCCAAAGAAACAAAUCUAAUCAUACCAGACUUUAGUGUGCCAAAGAAAAUGGAGAAUAAUGAUUCUCCGAUGGAAUUCAAUUUUGGGUUGCUACGGGCUUCUGCAUCUGCCCUUUCUGAGUCUAAGAAGACUGCCAAGGAUGAAAAGAAGGAGUUUGAGCUGCCACCCCUAAAGCUUGAGGUGAAGGAGGAGUCGGUUCCGGAAGGACCAGUGAUAGAUUUGGAUGCGCCUGUGAAAGCAGAGAAACCUGUGCUGCUCCUUAGUAAGACUGAGGCUGAUGACUUGGAGGAUUGGCUGGAUUCUGUACUUGAUGAUUAAUUACAAAAUAUGGGUUUUCAUAGUUGUGGCAUAUUUUUGCUGCCUCAGUGUGGUAUCAUGUUUUUGUUUUUUCACAGGGAUUGAAGAAAUAAUAUGUAAUUGAUUUAUAUUGUCUUUAUCAGAUUUGUUGUGUAUUAUGUGAGAACAAUGUUAAUGACAGGAUUUAUAUAAGAAGCAGUCUAUCUCUAGAAUCUUAGCAAGAUCAUGAAAUAUUUUGAUUGGAUUGUAGAUGUGUUCAUUGCCAUAUCUGUUUUACCUGCUGUGUUGAUUUCAGGAUGGAGGUGCUGCUACAGGUAAAAAUUCUUACAUAUGG